AUGAAUUUUGAUCCAACCGCUGGCCCCGGAUCCCAAAAGGAGGCCCUGAAGGCAUGGCAAGAGGGGCCCGCGAUGGCCGGCCCGUCGAACACACACCCCGGGGGCUACCUGGGGGGGGUGGCCGUGCCGUCGAUCGGCUUUCCGGGUCCCUUGCCCUGCCCCCUCCCUGCGCACGCCAUCUACUACCAGCCCGCUGCGGGAGUGAACCAGUACUGCAUGCCGGGAGCUGCAAUGGCCCCGGCGUGGGCGGUACCCGACCCGGCGAUGUGCGGCAUGCCGGCGUUGGUCGGGGGUGACGGGCUUGCGGGUACGACGGUGGGGCAGGGGGCUAUGGAUCGCCAGGGUUGGCUGCCCGGGCUGCUGGCUCCUAGGCUGCUGCCCUCGGCAUACGUGCCCGAAAUGACCAUGCCCGGCACAGCGGCAUGGGGAGUGGGGCAGUUCGGCCACCUCCGGGCCGGGGGCGGCUACUCCGUGCCCCCCAUGCAGUUCUCCGUGCCCGCCAUGGAAUUCGGACUGCCACAGAUGCGGCGGUAUGUGCAGCCGUAUGUGCCUCCAGGGGCCGCGAUCCCCCCGGAUGCCUUUGGCCCCGCGGUGCCCGAGCACGGGGUGCGGGGCCAGGUCUAUGUUCCUCAGCAGGCAAGUGUGGGGCUGCCGAUCGCGGCGGGCUCAUCGCAGGCUGGUGCCGCGCUGGUGGAUCCCAGCUUCCCAUCGCUGCCGUGUUUCGCGCCCCAGCAGCUGGCCCACCGGGCGAACUCGGCGCCUGACCGCGUCGGUGAUGGGCUGUGGGAGGGUCAGCCUGCAGCAAGCGGGCACUGGGAUUCGGAUUGGAGGGUCAAGGCAGAUGGCGUGGAGCAGGGGGCUGCUGGCUCGAACUGCAAGGCCAGCGGUGUGAACGGGAAGGCAUCGAAGGACGAGGGGAGGGACCAAUGCUCGAAUACUGGGGAGAAAGUCACUGCAAGCGCACCUUCCCCUGUGCCUGUUAGCCAAGAGCCAUCCACAGCGAGCGAACCCAAGGCCACACAGUCAGAGGCGGAUGAGGAGGAGCAAGGCCAGGGUACGGUUUCAGCUUCUGGGUCAGGGCACAAGCAGCCAGCUUCACAGUCCAGUCGCAAGCCUGUCGAUCACAGCAGUGGCAGCCAUGCCAGGUCUACAGAGGUACUGCAGAGAUCCAUCCAGGGCAUGGCGUUGGGCCAGGAGCCAGCCCCGACCUUCCACCCACUACCGCCCAUGUUCUUGGACCCGCCCCAGUGGAUGUCCUCCCUUCGAUCUGCAGGCUCAAAGAGCAUCCCAACGAUGGCAGUGUUGCAGACCUGCAGGCAAGAGAACCAGAUGGUGAGCGAGCAUGCAGAUUCCCAUCAGGAGAUGAGCCUGAUGCUGGCGAUCCCCGGACUGGCGAUUGGCAAGGCACCAAUGCUCACCCUGCAGCAAGCAGGUAGCAUGCUCCGUGCCAUCAGUGAACCGCUUGCCUGCCUUAAGGUAGGUCGACUCACCAGGAAGCUUGGGCCCAAUCCUGGGUUCCUGAGGGCCACAGAUGAUGUGGGAAUGUUGACCCUAUGGCUGUCCCCAUCAUCGGAUAUCAGUGUGAUCUGGCAUGCGAUCAAGAACCCAGAGGAUGAGGAUUGGGACAAUGCUGCGAUUGCCGAGGACAGUGAUGGAGGGAACAGCGGUGAGGAGGUAGUGACAGACUUUGCAGAGGGUUUUCAUGAAGACUUCUCACUAGCAGAAGUGUCUGAGGAGUUGGCUUGGGUGGCAGCAGACUCAACCUGCAUUAGUGAGGGCUCUGGAAUCAAACUUGAGAUGGUAGAGCAGGACCCCAGCGGUCGAACGUUCCGGCUGGUCCGGCGCUCAAACCACGUACGGCAGAAACAGGAACUUGCCACGAGGCUGGAUGCAGAGAAGGCAAAAGCAGGUGGUCGCAUGUCCACGGAGAUGGCAAAGCUGUAUGAGCUGCUGAAUGCAUGUAACAGUGAGCCUGAUACGGAGGACAACUUCCACUUCUGGAUCGCAGAGAAGUCACUGCCCAAGGGCCUUGAGGUUCUCAAGAGCAUGUCUGAGCAGCUCAAGACACUGCCGACGCUGUCUGAGAAAUCUGGUGUGCCUCAAUGGAAGCUACAGGAAGUAUGCCAGUGGUUCAGAGAGGCUGCUGAAGCCUCACAGUGCAUCCCAGACAGUGAUCGCACAGCCGAUGGCGCCUCUUCCCAGGCCCUUGAACAGACAGCCCAGACCAACCCACCCCAGGCAUAUCUCCCACUGCCUUCCCACUUGAUGUCAACUCUGAACCCCACAUACUUCAUGGAUGCUCUGUUCCACGAGAGUCCUGGUUUGCCUGGUGAAGCCAGCAGGGGUGAUGAGGGGGAGAGAGAGCAGGGAUCCAGGCACGUGAGUGAGUCAUGUGCAUCCUCAGCGACGGCAAAUUUCAUUGUGUCAGACAAGCAGUUGGGAAUGACCCUCCUGUCUACUGCGUCUGUGACUGUAGCAGUUGGGGUUGAGGGUACCACAGAGAUUUUAAGCAUCGAAGAGGCACACAAGGUUGCAAGCGAUUCAGCCCACCAACUGGCAAAGAAGAGGGCUGAGCAGGGAGCCCGUGUGGAAGCUGAACGGCUUGGGCGUCAGCGCCUUGAAGAGUUGGCUGCGGAAAGGGCUGCCAAAUGGACAGCGCUUUCCAAAGCCCUGACCGAGUCAGAUCCUGCCAAGCAGAGCACUUCUGUAGUGGACUCAACACAGGCUCAGCCAACAGCACCAGUGGCAGAACCAUCCUCUGGACUGCCCGACACCAAGGCAAGCGCAAAGAGAGAACCUCCACGACCUAUUUCUGAAUGUGGCAGGAGCACAGGCCCGGGGUCAUCCACAGGCAGCGUGUGUGUGGAAGAUGCAAGGCAUCGAGAUUCACUGCCAGUGCACACGCAGUGGCGGCCCCGCAUGUCGGAGUCAGCUCGCGGGUGGGGUGGGAAGGACCUCUCAGAUGUGGGCGCUGUCAGCUUUGCUGGCUCCUCUCCUCUGGACAAGCCAGAGUCACUGCUGUCCCACGACGAAGCCUUUGGCACGCACGGGAAGGCGGCAAACUGGAGAAGUGCUGCAAACAUGGGGCCCUUGCCUUGCAUGGGUUUUCCUUCUUUGAUCCCCGCCCAUCAUGGCAUGAGUCCCAGCACCCUACACAGUGGCUACCCAAGCCAGAUGGGGCUCCCUUGCGUCCCAGGUGCGCCCCACACCAUGGUCCUCCCAAAUGCUCAUCCGCAGCCUGAGAACCAGUGGCGAUGGUUACACGGCCCCUGGGGCCCCACUGUCGCACACCCGCUGGAGUGUCACACAUCCGGUCUGCCUCCCUUUGGAGCGUCUGCACAGCAUGUGCCGCACCACUCAAACUCCUCCCAGUGGCGCACACCAAUACACCCUGGACAGAUGCCCUUGCACCACUAUGGGAGGUCACAGGGCUAUCAAGGGUUGCGAACCCGAGAUGGGGCGCCUGUGCUGGAUAUCAGUGAGGGAAGUCAUGUAUGGGGAGCGGGGCAGGGUCAGUGGCCACACACGCCCCCUUGGGCCUUGACUGACCACCAAGGGGGCCCCAGUUUGAGAACAGGGUGGGGCGGAGUGGACGUGGAUGCAACUGAUAUGCUCAGCAGUUUGUUGGGAAAGGGGAACUCUGGCGAGGGCCAGGGAUCGGCAGAAGGAAUGAGACGGAAGUCGGGUGAACUCCGGAGGAGAUAG